AUGUCUCCCCCUGCCCGAAUGGACGCUUUGGUUGUCAAGACCUCCAACGACACUCCGAGACUGAUCAAAGAGUCACUUCCUACGCCCAAGCCUGGAGACCACCAAGUUCUAGUCAAGGUAUCUCAUGUAGCCCAAAACCCGACCGAUGUCCAGUCCUUUGACAGCAAUGCUUUUGGCGACGGUGCUGUUCUCGGAUGCGACUUUGUCGGCGUCGUUGAGGAAACAGGGACCAACGUGACCGGUAUCGCCAAAGGGACCGUCGUUGCUGGUCUGAUCUGGGGAGGCGAAACUAAGGGGCUUGGAGGUUACAGCGAGUAUACUCUUGCAGACUCGCGGAUUUGCUUCCCGGUUCCUCCAGGUCUGGCCCCAGCAGAGGCUGCCACACUGCCUCUUGCAUCGACCACAGCCUUGCUCAGUUUGUUCUCUGAGGACUGUCUAGCCAUCGAUGCCAGUGCCGCCGAAAAUACCGCGGUUCUCAUUUGGGGUGGUAGCUCAAGUGUCGGCCUCUACGCUAUCCAAAUCGCUAGGCUGUAUGGGUUAGAAGUCAUCACGACUUGCAGCCAGAAACAUCACGGUCUCGUCAAGUCUUAUGGAGUGAAACAUGUCUUUGACUACCGGGAUCCGCAAGUAGUCGAUAAGAUUCGAGGGGCAGCCCCUCAGCUCCGCUACGUGUUUGAUACCAUUGGGAGUGAGACUUCUUCCGGAACGGCUUCUCGAGCCAUCAGUCACCCCAAUGGCGUCCUGUGCACAGUCCGCCCUGGCAAGGCAAAUACACAAGAUGUGUCCAAGGACACCAAGGUAACAGACGUUCUCGUCUGGACAGCCUUCCUGAAGGAACACCGUUACGGAACCUUUUACUGGCCCCCCAACAAGGCAGACCACAACUUGGCUUCUGAGUGGUUUCAGAAGUUACCGGAUCUCCUAUCAUCGGGCGAGAUCAAGCCCAACACACCCAAGAUUUGUGGAAAGGGCCUAAACGGUGUGUCGGAGGGAUUUCAGGAGUAUCGUGAUGGCAGCAUCUCCAACUACAAGAUUGUCUACAAACUCUAG